UAUAGGCCGUUUCUAGGGCGAUGAUUUCCGGUAUUGUUGGAGUUGGAGGGGUGUCUGUUUGCAUUUCGUAGUGGUUUCCGUGUUUGUGAUACGGCUGUAUCCUGUAAUUCUUAAAAAAAAAAAAAAAAAACACAUUUCAAUAUUCUUUCAUAUGUUGAUAAGAAUGACGGAAAGCUCGGUGAAAAAGCUGUCUAACGGCGAUAGAUGUUACGGCGCUUCAAACGGGGUGAAACCGGGGAAGAACGGCUGUGUCAAGAACCAUUACCUCUACCAGAAACAACACUGUUAUCCCGAGGAGAAGAUCUACCACGUUGCACACAAUGGAGGAUUGUAUAAAAGACCAUUUAAUGAAGUCUUUGAAGAAACCCCUAUGCUAGUUGCGGUUCUCACGUACAUGGGUUAUGGUAUUCUCACACUUUUUGGAUAUCUGCGGGAUUUCUUGAGAGAGUGGAAGAUAGAGAAGUGUCAAAAUGCAACUGAACGAGAGGAGCAAAAGGACUUUGUCCCACUUUAUCAGGAUUUUGAAAAUUUUUACACAAGAAACCUGUACAUGCGAAUUCGAGACAGCUGGAACAGACCUAUCUGUAGUGUUCCUGGGGCAAAAUUUGAUGUCAUGGACAGAGUAUCCUAUGACUACAAUUGGACCUUCAAGUACACAGGGAAAGUUGUAAAAGAUGUCAUUAACAUGGGUUCUUACAAUUAUCUGGGAUUUGCUGAGAACCACGGGCUAUGUGCAGAUGCUGCUGCAGAUGUGACUAUGAAAUAUGGGGUUGGAGUGAGCAGCACUAGACGAGAGAUGGGUAACCUAGAUAAACAUGAAGAGCUGGAGAAAUUAGUAGCCAGAUUCCUGGGUGUUGAGGCAGCUAUGGCAUUUGGGAUGGGAUUUGCAACUAAUUCCAUGAACAUUCCAGCUCUUGUCGGCAAGGGCUGCCUUAUCUUGAGUGAUGAGCUGAACCAUGCAUCAUUGGUGGUAGGAGCACGGUUAUCGGGAGCAACUAUCCGGGUAUUUAAACAUAACAAUAUGCAAAGUCUGGAGAAAAUGCUAAGGGAUGCAAUUGUUCAUGGGCAGCCCCGCACGCACAGACCAUGGAAAAAGAUUCUUAUAUUGGUUGAAGGGAUCUACAGCAUGGAAGGCUCCAUUAUCCGUUUGCCUGAGGUGAUUGCUUUGAAAAAGAAGUACAAAGCAUUUCUUUACCUUGAUGAGGCCCACAGCAUUGGAGCUCUGGGACCUUCUGGUAAAGGUGUGGUUGAGUAUUUUGGAUUGGACCCCAAGGAUGUAGACAUCAUGAUGGGAACUUUCACAAAAAGCUUUGGGUCUGCUGGUGGAUACAUUGGUGGAAAAAAGGAACUUAUAGACUACCUUUUUACACACUCUCAUAGUGCUGUGUAUGCCACUUCAAUGUCACCCCCUGUUGUAGAGCAAAUCAUUACUUCAAUGAAAUGUAUAAUGGGAGAAGACGGCACGACAUUUGGCCGAGACCGCAUCCAACAGCUUGCAGAAAACACUAGGUAUUUCAGAAGAAAACUUCAGGAGAUGGGAUUCAUUAUUUAUGGAAAUAGUGAUUCCCCUGUGGUGCCUUUGAUGUUGUACAUGCCUGCAAAAAUUGGUGCAUUUGGGAGGGAAAUGUUGAAGAGAAAUAUUGGAGUAGUGGUUGUGGGUUUUCCUGCCACGCCAAUAAUUGAGUCCCGGGCCAGGUUUUGUUUGUCUGCGGCUCACACCAAAGAGAUGCUUGAUACUGCUUUAAGAAUGAUAAGUGAAGUAGGUGACCUAUUGCAACUGAAGUAUUCUCGACACUCAUUGGUUCCUUUGCUGGAUCGACCCUUUGAGACUACAUAUGAAGAAAAUGAAGAAUGAAAAAACCUUCAAAAGUAACCAAAAAUACACUGCAAGUCUGAAGUUUAAUUAAAUGACACAGAACCACUCUAAAGACGAAUAUAUUUAACCACAUUGAGCUAAUGAAGCAUAGCGGUGUAACCUGAAUUAUGUAUGUCUUUUCAUUUUACAGUGUAAGAUUUAUUUUACCCUUUACUCUUAAUUGUGGCAUACUGCUUUUUCAAUAUUGUUAUGUGCCUUUGAACAUUUGUCUGUACUUCAGUUUGUGUGCUGAUUUGUUAAAUUUUUAUUACAUUUAGGUGCAAUAUUACAUGUUGGAACCUCUGUUGUGGGCUUC